AUGGCCGUCCCGACCCGAGGCAGGAACAAAGAGUCGCUGCCGCUCAGACCCGGGCAACAGCAGCAGCACCAAUCGCCAGGCGCCAGCCCCGGGAGCGUCCGCGGGCGUCCGCCGCACUCUCCCGGCAGGCAGGUCCCCAGCGGGGCCCGCGCCAUGCGGAAGGGAGGUGGCGGCCGGCGGGGAGCCAGGAGCGACCCCCAGAGACCCUUCAGGGAGGGGCCGGCGGCGGAGGGGGACCGGGACGUGCUGGGCCGCGGCCCCCUGAGGCUCCUGCGCAUAUGCAGAGACCAGUUCCGAGUGUUUGUUGAUGACAGGAAGGCCUUCAACGUAAAAGCUGAUAGCAAGAUAUGGCUCACUUUCCUUCUGGCUGCUUUUGCAGGAGUCCUACAUUGGUAUCACAUAACAACCCUCUUUGAAAACGAUCGUCAUUUUUCUCACCUCUCAACACUAGAGAGAGAAAUGGCUUUUCGCACGGAAAUGGGUCUUUAUUAUUCCUACUUCAAGAUCAUUAUUGAGGCCCCAUCGUUUUGGAAUGGAGUGUGGGCAAUUAUGAAUGACAGACUGACUGAAUAUCCUUUAGUGAUUAACACCUUACAGAGGUUCAAUCUUUACCCAGAGGUGGUCCUCGCCAGCUGGUACCGCAUGUACACGGCCGUUAUGGAUUUCCUCGGGGUGCCCACAAAGACCUGUUGGACUGUAAACAGAGGAAAGGGCCUUAGUCCUGUUGAAAGCUGUGAGGGUUUGGGAGACCCUGCUUCCUUUUAUGUUGCUGUGAUUUUUCUUUUGAAUGGAUUCAUGAUGUCCCUGUUCUUCAUAUAUGGUACAUACCUCAGUGGGAGCCGUCUAGGAGGCCUUGUUACUGUGAUGUGUUUCUUUUUCAACCAUGGAGAGUGCACUCGCGUCAUGUGGACUCCACCUCUUCGUGAAAGUUUCUCAUACCCCUUCCUUGUGCUUCAGAUGUUGCUUUUGACCUAUAUUCUCAGGAUUCCGAAUAUUAAUACAGGAAGCUUGAUUGCACUGUGUGUUUCUAAUAUCUUUUUCAUGCUUCCCUGGCAGUUUGCUCAGUUUGUUCUUCUAACCCAGAUAGCUUCAUUAUUUGCUGUCUGUAUUAUGGGUUAUAUUGACUCCUGCAAAUUACAGAAGAUACUCUCUGCUCAUAUGGUGUCUCUUUUGGUGUGUUUUAUUCUGAUGUUUGGUAAUUCAAUGUUGUUGACAUCAUACUAUGCUGCUUCUUUAGUAGUGAUCUGGGGAAUCCUUGAGCUGAGUCCAAAACUCUUGAAAAGAAGCAGAAGAGAAAUCUACAUAUGGGUCAUUGAAGGAUGUGCCUGGUUAUUUGGGACAGUCACCUUGAAAUGCCUCACAUCUUUAGUGUUUGGAAUAGCUGAUGAUGCCCACAUAGGAAAUAUAUUAAAAUCUAAAUUUAUUGGCUACAAGGAUUUUGAUACAUUAAUGUAUACCUGUGCUGCAGAGUUUGACUUCAUGGAAAAAGAGACUCCAGUAAGAUACACAAAGACUCUGCUGUUACCAGUUGUUGUGGUGGUUUUUGGGGUAAUCAUCAAAAGGGCAAUUAAAUAUCUUAUGUGGGCCUUAUCUCAGGCUGGCCAAUAUGAAAGAGAGGACCGUUUUAACCAUGGUGAGCUGGUGUAUCAUGCCUUGCAGCUGUUGGCAUUCAGUGUCCUAGCAAUCCUAAUCAUGAGACUGAAACUCUUUUUGACACCACAUCUCUGUGUUAUGGCUUCUUUAGUGUGUUCAAAACAGUUGUUUGGAUGGCUCCUCUGUAAAAUCCAGCCCAAAACCUUGGUCUUUGCUAUUUUAGCAUUGAUGGCAAUAGAGGGAUCAGCAAACCUGCAAACUCAGUGGAACAUCAUGGGAGAAUUUAGCAAUUUGCCACAGGAGGAACUCUUAGAGUGGAUAAAAGUCAGUACCAGACAAGAUGCAGUCUUUGCAGGAGCAAUGCCUACAAUGGCAAGUGUAAAACUGUCCACCCUUCGUCCUGUUGUGAAUCAUCCUCACUAUGAAGAUGCAGGAUUAAGGGCCAGAACUAAAGUUGUGUAUUCCAUGUACAGUCGAAAACCUGCAAAAGAAGUGAAAAGAGAAUUGAUAAAACUAGGAGUGAAUUACUACAUUCUGGAAGAGUCGUUGUGUGUGAGCAGAAAAAAGCCUGGCUGCAGCAUGCCUGAAAUUUGGGAUGUGGAGGAUCCUGUUAACAGUGGCAAAAUCCCUUUGUGUACCCUUAUGAGUGAGGAUUCCAGGCCAUAUUUCAUCACAGUGUUUGAAAACAGCAAUUACAGAGUCUUGAAGAUCCCAAAGGAAUAA